AUGACAAAUAGACAACAACAACAACAACAACAACAACAGCAAGAGAUCAUAGCAUUAUCAUCAUUAUCUUUGGUUUUGGCUACAACGGAUAUGGUGAGGUAUAAACAAACCUCAAAUCACAAUUACUAUUCAUCUUUUUCUUUUUCGUCAUCAUCAUCAUCCUCAUCCCCUUCAUCUUCAUCCUCUUUUAAUAAUCAUACUAACAAUCAUAAUAAUAAUCAUAAUAAUCAUAAUAAUCAUAAUACUAAUAAUAAUGAAAACUCUACUUCUUCUUUUAAAAAGAGUAUAAAAUCUUUUAAACAUCAUAAUCACUUUGUAUAUCUUUCAAUCUUUAUCAUCCUUUUUUUAAUUUUAAUAUUCACGAUUCCACCAAGUUAUGGUCAAAUGUCCUUAACUAAAAAUACAAACAAACCUCCCAGAGUCAUUAAUAAUAACAAUAAUAAUCAGAAUAAUAAUAAUUAUUAUAAUAAUAAUGAAAAUGGUGUUAAUAUAAAACCAAUACCAAUAACAAAAAAUACAAUUGAUAAUAGAGAAGCUGAAUCAGUUUUAUGGUUAUCAAAACAAUAUGGACUUGGCAUUAAAGAUAUUGUUGCUGCCAAAGAAGUAUGUUUAAGAAAUAUUGUUGGAUUUAAAUGUGAUAGUAGACCAAAUAAUAGAUACCAUGUUUUGGAAAUAAAUUUAGAAGGAUUACUUGAAUUUUCAUAUUCAGGAAUACCAAAUCCAACUAUUAAAUAUCUAUAUUUUCCAGAAUUGUCCAAAUUAACAAUCAUUUCACCAAAGGUUCAAAAUCCAUCCAUCAAUUUAUUAGAUUUAGUUGGUGAUUUACCAAAAUUAACUCAUUUCCAAUUAAGAAACCAAAAGAGACAAUAUUUAAUACCAAAUAAUUUUUUAGAAACAUCUAAAAAUUUAAAUUUAGUAAUCAUUGGAAAUGAUGGAACCAACGUACCAGCAAUAUUUAACAAGAUUAGAUUUCCAUUAUUAAAUCAUAUAGAAUUAUUUAAUGUACAUGAACCAAUACCAGAUGGAUUUGGAUGGGGAUUAAAAAUAGAUGUAUCGGUAACACUUCAACCAAAUAUUGCUUUUAAUUUGCCAGAUUCAUUGUGUAGUGUACAGAGUUUAAAGUAUACUGCAUUCUCACCAGAUGAGAUGGUCAAUGUAGCUAGUUGUUUCCAAUGUUAUUCAACGAUUCCACAGAGAAGAAUAUCGGUUAGUCAUUUGGAGCCAAACAGUGAAUGUGUGGUACAAAUUACAGAUAUUCGAUUCAAUGGAACUAGAGUUAUUAUACAUGGCAAUAAUCUAGGUUGGGCAUUUGAAGGUGAUACCAUUCCAAAUACCCUAGACUCUGUCAUUCCAAACCAAAUGCUACAGUAUCAAAGAAGUGAGCUUUCAUUCAAUAGACUUGACGAAGUCAUCACAUUUUCAAAGAAUCUUGGUAUCUCUGAAAGGAUAUCACUCACUCGAAUCAAUUUGGAGGAUGCAACAGCCAUCCAAUCAGCCUAUGGUUUAAUGGUCACUAUCUUUGUCAAUUUCAACACCUAUAUCGAACACACUGUCAUGUUUGAUCAAUUUGAAUGUUUUAAUGGUCAAUAUGAUGGUAUUCGUGUCUAUACAUGUCAGGUCUCAAUUACCUAUCCUCGUGGACAAUAUGAAAUUGUCGUUUCAAAUAGUCGUGAAUCUGCUUCAAAGAGAAUAUCUUUAGAGUUGGAUUUCCCAAUUGUAAAAUCAUCAAAUAUAAUCCCCCAGACAGGAGGAAUGGUAACAUUGGAUGGUCAUUUUGGAUUUAUUAAAAAACAUGUUGCAGUAGAGAUUAACCAACAGUGCUGUCGAAUCAGGUUGGCCAACUGGACCACAUUAAUUUGUGAAUUGGGUCCUACCACACCUGGACCAGCCGACCUUGUCGUCAGUGUAGACGGUUAUCUUUAUGAAUCGUCACGUAUUGUAAAUAUUAUCCCCUCCCUCCCUCUUUCACCUACGAGGAUUCCCAUUUCCUCUCAACAACCACAACAACCAAAUGCAUCAACUACCAAAACAACAAAAGAUGGUAGUAUUUCCAACCCAAUCGAUUCAAAUCAUCAUCAUUUAUCUUCUCAACAACAAGAACAAGAACAAGAACAACAAGAACAACAAAAACAACUCAUUUUUGGGUUACCAAUCUAUCAUGUUGUAUUGUUUGAAGUAAUUGGAGUUACAUUUUUAGUACUCUUGUUUAUGUUAUCUAGAGCAAGGCUAAAAUCAAAAAGAACCGAUUAA